UCAAAGCAAAUUUAAAAAAAAUUGAUUUUUUUUCAGAAAAAAAUUUUUUUAAUGUUGCCCUGGUGGCUACCUCUUUUAAUUUGUGUCCCCCUCUUUUCUGUAUUAAUUUCUCUUGCCUUUUCUGGCAACCUUCUAGUAAUCGCAGCAAUAUUCUACGACAGAAAAUUGCGUAGACAACCAGAAAAUUUAUUUUUAGUUUCUUUAGCUUUGUCAGAUUUGUUUGUUGCUGGAAUGGUAAUGGUUUUAGCGGCAGCAAACGAUUUAAUUGGUUUUUGGCCUUUUGGGGCUGCUUUUUGUCAGUUUUGGAUUUGUUUGGAUAUUGCUUGUAGUACUGCUUCUAUUUUAAAUUUAUGUGCUAUAGCUCUCGAUCGUUUUAUUCACAUUAGCAGACCGAUGCGUUAUGUUAGAUUUGUUGGAAGAAGGGUUAUUUGUUGUUCUGUUUGUGCUAUUUGGAUAAUUUCUACAGCGGUCGGAACGGCUCAAAUAGCUUUUGGGGCUACUAAUGGAUUGGAGAUAUAUUCUGUUAUAUUUAAUGGAGACUAUUUUGGAGAGAUUAAUGAGACUGAUAAAUUUAGGUAA